AGCCUGGCCCGGCGGAGCACCGCCCCGCCCCGCCCCGCCCCCUGCCGCCGGCCGGAUGUGACGUACCUGCAGGCUGGGCCGCGUAGGGCAGUGCCGUUAACCGCCGCGCCGAGAUGGCGGACCUGGGCCGGCAGCUGCAGGACUACCUGGCGCAGUCUAGAGCCGGCGGCGGCUCCGGGCCGGGCUCCUCGCGAGCCGAGCCGGCGGAGGCAGAGGCCGGGCCGCGGGCGUGGCUGAGUCGCCUGUCCGCGUGGCCGUGGGAGGCCGAGCCGGAGGCGGAGGAGGCGUCGCGGUGCUGGCCGGGCCUGGGGCUGACGCGGGGGCAGCGGUUGGCGGGCAGCGCGCUGUGCCUGGUGCUGGCCGCGCUGUGCUUCGGCCUGGCCGCGCUACACGUGCCGCUGCUGCUGCUGCGCGCCCGCCGCUUCGCACUGCUCUGGUCGCUGGGCUCGGCCCUGGCGCUGGGCGCCGCCGCGCUGCUGCGGGGCCCGGACCACCUGCUGUGGCCGCCGAGCCGCGCCGGCGCGCUCUACCUGGGCGCCCUGGCGGCCACGCUCUACGCCGCGCUCGGCCUGCGCAGCGCCGCGCUCUCCGCCCUCGGCGCCGCCGCCCAGCUGGCCGCGCUGGCCGCCUGCCUACUCUCGCUGCUGCCCGGCGGCGCCGCCGGCCUCAGCUACCUCGGCGGCUUCGUGCGGCGCCGCGUCGCCAAGACCCUGCCCGUGUGACCUCGCGGCUUCGGCCCCGGAUUUCGCGAGGAGCCGGCUUGGGGGCCCGGGCGCCAGGACUUGGCCUUGCGACUAGUGCCUCGAAGAGCAGAGACGGUGGCCGCAGCGGUUCCCAUUCCCACGGACUCAAGCCUCUCUCUCUCCUCGCUUCCACCUCCAGCACUCAAGGAGCCACUUCACAGCCACCCUGGGCUGUAAGCUGCUGCAGUGACACUAGGAGCUGGUUUCCUGGGCUGUAGGUGCAGCAGGCCCUGGGCGGGCCAGCUCUCAGCACCCACCUGUCAUGAAAUUGGCGUUACAGCACUGCUCUGGAUGGCUGAGAAGCACCAGGAAUGCCAAACUCCUGUCUCAGCUGUAAGACUUGCACAGGCCACUUGGAAAAGUGAGUCACAAUAAAGCCAGAUGCAGCAGAAAUACUAAUGGACCCAGAGUCUGAGGCAGCAAGUAGAGUCUUACUACACUUGCUGCUUGCUGAAUUCACUGUAUUUCAGGAGGUGUUGAUACUUAGCAAAAUGUGGGGAAUACAGGCACAUUGGUGAAACUUCAAGGAAGGCUAAGUAUAUCACAAGCAUUAUCUCAUUUGUCAUAGUUCAGCACACACCUUCAAAAGUGCUCCUUUUGGACUAAGGUGAUCUAGGAUUGGUCUGAACAGCAAUCCAAGGAUAUAUCUGUUCCAUUUCUAACUGUACCUUCCAUCAGUUCAGUAACAUGACGACUGAAAAGUAACAUCCUUUUAACUAACCCAGGUAAUAGCUGUAGCUGCUGUGGAUCGCAGAAAGGUGCCUCCUUUAGCAAAUAGGAUCAUCUUAGGCAAGCAAUCAUAGAGAAGUAGUGAAAGUAAUUACUAGUUUUCAAUUUCACUCAAAAUGCAUUACUGCUUCUAUUUCUACUUUGUGGCAGUGCUGUCUUGUGUUCGCUGUUGGAUUUCAGGUACCUUUGCGAUGUGUAGGGUGAGUUUCUGAUAUCUUUGCUUAAGUAAAUGCCAUAGCCCAUUUUACACCUAUUUUAGGUGCUGGUCAGGGAAGUACAUGUUCAAAUGAUGUUUACAGCCUGAUCUUGAGAAGAUUUGGCCAAAUAAAGCAGACCAAAGCCUGCAGUAUUCCAGUGACCCACCACAGCUUAAUCAGAUAGUAUUAACUGACUUGGUUAUAUUUGCACAGAAUUAAAGUAAUUACACAAACUGUAAAGUGGAACUUUAAAAGUGGAGCUAAUUUUUUACAACUUUAUUAAAAGUAUUUUUUUACUAAAA